AUGCCACCAAUUCGCAAUAAAAACCGGAAAAAUUUAGAUGAGCAAGAGGGACGAAUCUUAUUAGCAAUUUCCGAUUUACAGAAUGGCCGAAUUCAACGUGUAGCUCAAGCUGCAAGGAUUUACGAGAUCCCCCGGACAACUUUACAAGAUAGACUCAAUGGUAUUCAACAAAGAUCUCUCGUACGCGCCAACAGCCAUAAAUUGACUCAAUAUGAAGAGGAAUCGCUUGUCAAAUGGGUGCUUGAUUUAGAUCGACGUGGAUUACCCCCCCGGCAUUCUCUUGUACGAGAAAUGGCUAAUUAUAUACUUUCACAACAUGGCAAACCACAAGUUGGAAAAAAUUGGAUAACUAAACUGAUUAAACGCCGUCCAGAGAUCGAUUCCAAAUUCGCAAGGAAAUACAACUACGAACGUGCUAAAUGCGAAGAUCCAAAGAUAAUACAAGAACAUUUUGAUCGCGUACAAGCUGCUAUAUCUGAGUACGGCAUCUUACCGGAAGAUAUAUUCAACUUUGAUGAGACUGGCUUUGCUAUGGGACUCUGUGCAACUGCAAAGGUUAUUACUGGAAGCGAUCGAUAUGCUCAGCCGAAGCUUUUACAGCCUGGAAAUCGAGAAUGGGUGACUGCAAUUGAGGCAACAAAUUCAACUGGAUGGGCUGUGCCUUCGUACGUGGUUUUCAAAGCAAAGAAAAACGUACGAGAAGGCUGGUUUGAUGAUCUUCCAGAUGAUUGGCGAAUCAAUAUUAGCGAUAAUGGCUGGACUACAGAUCAGAUAGGAUUAGAAUGGCUUAAAACCCAUUUUAUUCCCUAUAUUAAUGGUCGUACGGUUGGAAAAUAUCGAAUGUUGAUUCUUGAUGGCCAUGGAAGCCAUUUGACACCAGAAUUUGACCAUAUAUGUACUGAGAAUAAUAUUAUUCCAGUCUGUAUGCCACCUCAUUCUUCGCAUCUCUUACAGCCUCUUGAUGUUGGCUGUUUUGCUGUUUUAAAGCGACAUUAUGGGCAGCUUGUUGAGCAACGAAUGAGGCUUGGUUUCAAUCAUAUUGAUAAAAUGGACUUCUUAACAGCAUUUCCACAGGCUCGUACAGUGGCAUAUAAAGCUCAAACUAUUCGGAAUAGCUUCGCAGCCACUGGAUUAGUGCCUUUCAAUCCAGAUCGAGUUAUACAACAGCUUAAUAUUCGAUUGAAGACACCAACCCCCCCUCCAAGUCGAUCAAGCAAUACAGCAUCAUCCUGCUUACAAACACCUCAAAAUAUACGCCAAUUUAUACGCCAGUCGACUACAAUCAAUAAACGUAUAAAUGAGCGUACAGAAAGCAACCAAAAUCAAGAAAUCAAUCAGGCAGUUGUACGGUUGUCAAAAGCCUACGAAAUGAUAGCGAAUGAUGUUUUACUCGUACGGAAAGAGAACUACGAUUUACGAGCUGCACAUGAGAAAGAGAAGCAAAAGCGCCAAAAAUCUAAAAAGCAAAUAUCUAUUGAGCAAGGGGUUACUAAAGAAGAAGUGCAAGCGCUCGUACAAGGUCAGGUUGAGGCAUCCCAUGCUGUUACUACUACUACUCCGGCUGAGCCGGAGCUCCCAGCUUCUCAAGCAGUCGUACGCCGCCAAUAUCGCUGCAGUGAAUUAACCAAUGCCCUAGUCGUAUUAGUAGUUAGAUUUUUGUAUAUAAUUUUGGUGCCGCUUCGGUGGAGCUAUGGAGUCGACGUUUUUAUUCAGGCAUACGCCCCACCGGCUGUAAUCGCCGAAUCCAAUCACAAGAUCUUGAUCACAUCUCUCCUGCGAAUCGUCUACCGAACUAGUCAGCUUCGCCUUUUUUUUUUUCAGUUUUUCUUGCCUCGUUUACCUUGUUUCGGGCACUCUAUAUCCGCUGCGUACUUCCGCAUAAAUUUGGGAUCUACCCAGCAAGCGACAUUAUUUGUCUGGGUUCAGGCAGGUACCUUUGUUCGGCUGUCAAUAUACCACGCCACGAUGCAAUCGCUAUUGCAAUAUCGCCGUUUCGGGAAGGCUCUCGAGGCACAACUGGGUCGCAGCAGAGAUAAGAUUUCACACUUACACCCGCAGCGACUGGACGUGAUUGAAACUGGAGAAAGGUUCGACACGGAAGAGAAGGACCUGGAAAGAGGUCGAGGAGGCAGUGAAGAAGCCGUCUCCCACGUUUACAACGCCGAGUCUCGAGCCAACCAACGGGAAGAAACUGAGACCCCUGGCUCGAUAUAUUCCUCUCCCCCGAGAUCAGAGCACGAGAGCACAGAUGCUGCCGAUCGUAUCACCAAAGAUAACAUUGAGCGUGCAGCUUUGCCAGAUGAUAUGGACCUAAAUGACCUUCGCGUCGUGCCUACGCACACUACAGUCGGAACAACACUUGGACGCGCAAUAACCGGUAUCGAAAUCCGUCCACGGACGACGAUAGAAGGUGGUCCAGAGUUUGGCAAGGUGUUUGUCGUUUCUUGGGAGUCGGAUACAGACCCUAUAAACCCAUACAACUGGGGAGUUACCAAACGGAUUGUAUGUACCUUCAUUAUAUCCUUGAUUGGAGGUAUUGUUGGAUUCGCCUCUGCAAUCGACUCGGCAAUUAUCCCGCAGGCCGCUGCUGAAUUCGGUGUCAGUGAGAUUAUAGAAGCGCUCGCAACAGGUCUUUUCAUGAUUGGGUUCGGGUUCGGAGCCCUCGUGGCCGGUCCAUUCUCAGAAACCUUGGGGCGGAAUCCUGUAUACAUUGUCACAAUGGCUUUGUACAUGGGCUUUUUGGUUGGUGCAGGAGCAUCCCCCAAUAUUGGUUCUCAACUUACCUGUCGAUUCUUUGCCGGUUUAUUUGGUGCCACGCCUCUGGUUUGUGCUGGUGGUUCCCUAUCGGAUAUCUGGACGCCAGAGGAACGAGUCUUUGCGUUUCCACUCUUUGCUUGUUCUGCAUUCCUGGGACCAUUGCUGGCUCCCCUUGUUGGAGAUUGGAUUGGCCAAAGCUCGAGUGUCAGUUGGCGAUGGGCCGAGUGGGUGACUUUGAUUGCUUCUGGUGUUGUUCUCAUUAUUGUUGUCCUCGUUCAGCCUGAGACCUAUGCUCCUAUACUUCUUGGAUGGAAAGCAAAGCAGCUUCGUCAAAUAACUGGCGACAAACGCUACCGCGGAGCCAUUGAGAUUCGCAAAACGCCGCUAAUUGUCCGUCUUGGAAGAGCCAUGUACCGCCCUUUCUUGAUGUUUAUCCAAGAACCAAUUCUCGUUCUCUUUGGAUUAUACUUGACAAUGGUAUACAUUGUGCUUUUCACUUUCCUGACCGGAUACACUUACAUCUUCACCGAGAUAUAUGGGCUCUCGCAGGGGUUGACGGGAGUUUGUUUCGUUGGCCAGAUAGUUGGUAUUCUUUCUUGCGCCCUUUUUAUUCCAUUAAACAUGCAUCUCCGUAAAAGAGACAUUGCACGUGCGAGAGCUCUCGGCCCAGAUAUCAAGGUAGCCCCUGAAUCGCGUCUAUAUUGGGCGAUGAUUGGUGGUCCAGCAGUACCAGUCAGUCUGUUCUGGAUGGGCUGGACUGCUCGUCCGGAUAUUUCCAUCUGGUCUCCUCUGCUGGCAUCGGUGUUUUUCGGUUUUGGCAUUCUGUGUGUUUUCAUGACCACGUACCAGUAUCUAAUGGAUACGUACGAGAUCUAUGCGGCUAGUGCGUUGGCAAGUGUCACCCUCAUUCGAUACACUACUUCCGGCGCAUUUGUCGCGAUUUCGAUUCCAUUCUAUGAGAACAUGGGUGUCGCUCAUACGUUGACUAUUCUCGGCAGUUUGAGCGGAGUCUUGGUCAUUAUUCCAUAUGCAUUCUAUCGAUAUGGGCCAGCUAUCAGAAGGAGGAGUAAAUUCGUGCCGGAGUGA